AUGGACGCUGCUUAUCCCUUCGAGAGGCUCCACGUUGCUGUGCGAGAGCGACCCAUUACGGAAGACGAGCUGGGAGACGUGCGGCUGCGUCUCAAAGUGGAUGAGGACAAACUCGUCGCCUUCGCACCAGGUGCGACUGAGGGUCUCAUGUAUGACUGCGAUAACUACUUUCCUUGUGGCACUUCACAGGAGGAAGUGAGCCAAACCAUUGGGUCUCAAAUGGUCGACCUGGCUCUGCAAGGCCUUAGUUGCAAUGUUGUCGUCUUUGGUUUCACCGACACAGGCAAAACACACACACUCUACGGCGAUAACAACGUCACUGGACUCAUCCAUGACACAGUGAGGGAGUUAUACACGAGACUUGAUGCUCAGUCGGAUGCGUACAGUGCGGAUGUUUUGCUGCGUUAUUGGGAGAUGAAUCGCGACGCUGUUGAGGACAACUUGCGCGAUGAAAGUGGGGAAGAUGACGCUUGUACAUACGCGAUUUCCCGUGACUCUUUGGACCGUCUCACGAUACCGAAUUUGGCCACUGUGGAGGUUCCAACGAUGGAGGAUUUUCUGGCCCAGCUGGACCGCGGCAACAACAACCGCAUUCGGCGUUCCUACGAGCGGAUGGUGCGGUGGCAUGGCUUUGUGCAGCUCACCAUUACAACCACUGACAAGGCUGAGGGAGAAAGGAAUAUUAUUCGCACCAUGACGUUUAUACAUAUGAAGGGUACGGAUCGUGUUGGCGCGAAGGGAAUCCGUGGUGAGCACCUCAAAGAGGGAAGCUCUAUCAAUGUCAGUGUUACACUUCUCGGCGCGGCAGUCAUCCACUCACUUGAGUAUCGCGAGAAGCGGAAGGCCAGAACCACAACGUUGGAAUCGUAUCGUGCUCUUAUCCGCCGUAGUCAGUCUUUCUUCAUGGAGUGCAAGUUUUCUCGCAUCAUGUCUCAGUUCAUAUGUGGUUUUGAAGGAUCAUUCGUUGUGGGGUGCACAAGUCCAUUGCACUACGGUGAAUCCAUCGAGACGCUCGAGCACUUGCAACUUUUUCGUCGCUUGGAAUGUGCCUUGAAGCCUAUCGUUGUUGUGUCAAACCGCGGUUUGUUGCUGCG